UUUUCUUGCGUCUGUUUCUGAUAGCUCCAUGUGAAUGUCGCCUGCGUCUUCUAACACUAGCUAUCGAUCUUAUUUAUCAAGGUGUUAGCAUGGUGACUCUGGCUGCUGUGUUGUGAAUAGGUUUCUCGCUGCUCUCUCUGGUAUCGUGCUGCUCUCUAUUCCUCCAUGACCAGCCGUCUGCUGGGCCGAUGUGCCCGUCUCCUCCCCAGGGCCUCCCCCCAGGCCUCAGCCACCGCUGCCCGCCUGCCUACCCCUGCAGCUGGACCAGCAGAGCCACUGUGGGCCCAGGCCUGGCGACAGCCUGUGGGAAGGGGGCUGUGUGACGGCAGGAGUUUUGUCAAAGAUGAGUACCCCAUCGAGCCCAAACGCACCCAACUGGAUGAGCUCUUAGAGAGGGCCCAGUCUCCACAGGAUGUCCUGCAGGCGUGGGUGGCACAAGGAGGAAAGGCCAAUCAGGCGGCUAAGACUCUGGUUCAGCUUGUCAGAUUGGCUGGGAGAGAGAAAGGUGGGGCUAAAAUUGAUCAAUUUGAGCUGCUGACUGAUCCCAGACUGCUGGACAUAAUGGACACUGUUACUGCACAGGUAGCGUCAGUGUGGAAUGGUACGCUGGUCUCUCUGCUGCGCUCCCUCUCUGCUCUGGGUGUUCCUCCUACAGCUGCAGUACAACGCUCCAUCCAGACAGAGGUGCUGUGGCGCGUACGCAGACUCUCCUACAAACAGCUGGCUUUCCUGGCAGAUUGGGGAGCAGGGCGGAAGGGUCAGAUGGAGGUGGCGCUGGUGAGCGCAGCGCUGAAACAGCUGGAGCUCCGCUGGACUGAGAUCGCUGACACCAGAACAGUCAGUAUCCUGAUGGCUAGGGCUGGACACCUCAGUCCUGGGCUGAUGGACAGACUGGAGGAUAAGGCGUUAGAGCUAGCUGAAGGGUUUGGGGCAGAGGAUAUCCGCAGGGUGUGUGUGUCUCUGGCGUCUCAGGGACGCCGGUCAGUGCCUCUGCUCAGAGCUCUGUCCUACCACCUCCUACAGAAACCCUCAACAGACCUUACCACACCACUACUGUUGGACCUCGCCUACGCAUAUGGGAAGUUGAAUUUCCACCACUCCCAGGUCUUCCAGCGAUUGGCAGCCGAGUUGUUACCCAGGAUGCCAGAGAUUAGUUCUGCCGAUGUCACUCGCUGCGCCAAAUCACUAGCCUUCCUCAAGUGGCUCCAUUUCCCAUUAUUUGAGGCAUUCGCUGAGCACUACAGCGUGAACAGUCAGAAGUACAGCACACUGCAGCUCUGUAACCUGCUCAUGUCAUUGGCCAGGCUCAACUUCCAGCCCAGCAAGGGGGAGGAGUUCUACAAGAAGGUCCACUCUGCCCUGGAGGGCGUUCUCCCCAGCCUGGAGGCGUUCCUGCAGACAGACGUGGUGUGGUCUCUGUGUGUGUUACAGCAGGCCAAGACCCAGCACAUUACAGCCCUCACUCAACACACACAUGUUGCCAAACUCUCAGAAGGCAGUCUGUCUCGAGUGGAGAACUAUCGCCUGAAGCUCCUCCACAUCAUUGCUACCCUCCAGUUAGAACACCCAGAGUCUCCGUCCUCCACCCUGCCUACAGAGGCCAUGUUGCUUCCCUCUACCCUAGGCCGGGGCUCCCCUCUCUCCCCUCUACAGACUGGGCUGAAGGGGGCCCUGGAUAAUCUGGUGGGGGGGAAAGCAGAGGCCCUACGUACUGGGGUCAACACUAUAUACGGCUGGACCAUAGAUGGCGAGCUGGUGGUGGACAGUGAGAAUAAGCCAAUGGACCUGGUGACCCUGACGGCCCCUCACCUGCCUGGAGGAGGUGGAGCCAAGCCCUUACCUGAGGGGGCACGCAGAUUAGCGUUCCUGACCUGGGAGUUUCCUAACUAUGGCUCCAGGAGUAAAGAUCUGCUGGGACGAUUCACCAUGAUGAGACGGCACCUCCAACUGGCUGGUUUUAUCCUUGUAGAGGUGCCAUACUAUGAGUGGCUGGAGCUGAAGUCUGAUUGGCAGAAAGGGGCGUAUGUGAAGGAUAAGAUGGGGAAGGCCAUUGCUGAGGAAAUUGCGAAGUGAACUGGGCCAAACAGCCGAAGUUUAGAACUGAACCAGACUCAACUGGACUGGAAAGAGGAGAGUCAGGAUGCCAAGGACAGCUCACCAGAACCACUCUGGUCUCAAACAACUCUGAACAACAACCACACACACACACACACACACACUAAUCAACCCACUCUAAAACAAGCCGCUUGGUGGAAAAUCUCUUUGUCGUUUUAUCUUUGGUUGCCUUGCCAAUGCGUGGGGCUUUCCUUGUCACCAUGGAGACGUCCCCUGAGAGUUCUGUAUGCUGAAGAGAGCAACAGAGAAGGAGAAAGACCUCUGUUGCUAAGGAUAUGUGUCCCUAAGUGACACUCAGUCAAAGAGAAUGGAGAGCAGCAUCAUAGAAUUAAUGCCCCGAUGAAUGUUAAAAGCUGUGUGUCACGUGUGAAUAGAUUGGUCUAAUUAAAUUAUCAAUAUGAGCUUUGUUGAGUAAUGUUAUGAUUGAAUAAACUAUUUUAUGCUUUAAUUUCGA